CAGAAUAUCAUGAUCUCAAGAAUAUCCCUAAUCAGUUGUGCGAACAGAGUUCUUUGACUUCUGAAGCAACGUAUGCCAGUGAUUCAGAGAGCACUGAAUUAUUACUUCUUGAGAGAGAGAGAGAGAGAGAUUGAUUGAGAUUGAAAUUGAGAUUGAGAUUGAGAGUGUGUGUGGAAUGUGGAUAUCCAUUCUGUUCGUCGAAUAUUCGAACUUCUUUGUCCACCCGUCCAUACCACACUCUCUCUCGCUCUCCAUAUCUUGUCCUAUACAUACAACCUCUGUAUACACAACCACCGAUUUCGCCUCUUCAACAACAGCAGAUACCGAUUUAAAGAGAAAGGAGAAGGGGGGGUGGUCGCGAGUUUGAAUUACCUGCGCAACGGACCAUGAAGUUCUCGAAGAUCCUCUCCAACCUAAUCGAACAAACACUGCCCGAUUGGCGGGACCAGUUCUUGUCCUACAAGGAUCUCAAGAAGCAAUUGAAGCUCAUCUACCCCAAAGAAACUACCAACAGCGGCGUCAGGUCGAAUAAGCGGCCCAGGCUUUCCGUCGACGGCCGCAGCGUGGCCGAGGAGAGCGAGGAGGCGGUGGUCGUGACGAAGGAAGUGAUCGAUUUCGUGAGGUUGUUGGAGGACGAGAUCGAUAAGUUCAACUCGUUUUUUGUCGAUAAAGAGGAAGAAUAUAUUAUCAGAUCAAAGGUGCUGCAAGAUAGGGUGACAGAGGUGCAGGAUUCAAAUGAAGAUUUAAUAACUAUAGGGAAGGAGAUUGUAGAUUUUCAUGGAGAGAUGGUUUUGUUGCUGAAUUACAGUGCCUUGAACUAUACAGGACUAGUGAAGAUACUAAAGAAGUACGACAAGCGAAGUGGUGCUCUCAUUCGCUUGCCUUUCAUCCAAAAGGUUUUACAGCAGCCAUUCUUUACAACCGACAUUCUUAACAAGCUUGUGAAGGACUGUGAGACAAUUCUUGAUCGGUUUUUCUCCACGAACGAGCAAUUGGCCUCAUCUUAUCAAGCAACUGAAGGGAAAGAAGAGCAUACUAAAACCUUGACUAAUGCCGGAAAAGGAGGCAGUGUCCAGAAAGUCCCGGAAGAACUUGCAGAAAUCAAGUACAUUGAGAGUAUGUACAUGAAACAUACGUUGACAGCUUUGGAGGUCUUGAAUAAGGUUCGAGGUGGAAGUUCUACAGUAAGCAUAUUUUCGUUGCCUCCAAUGCAAAGUAAGGAGUCAGGGGCAGAAUGGCAGAAAGUCCCUGUUAUAGAGCAAGUAGCAAAGUAGUUUGGGUGUGUCUUAUCUUUGACUCUUUUCAUUAUUUAAGGGUUCUACUUUCAGAAGUGCUUCUGGUAAAUGGAAGGAUCUUACUAGUGUCCUGAAUGGUAAACCAUGAUACAGUACCAUUUUGUUUUGUAGAUAUUUUUCGAAGGUGUAAGAUACCCGCAUGUUCAUGCUCUGUCGAACUCUGGUCUCCCGAUAAAUUUACUUUGUAGAAUCUGUGUUGGUUUUUUUUUUUGUCAGACGGAAAUAAUAGAAUCUGUUGUUACCAUA